CCAACCUCGAAAAAGAAUAACAUCCGGUUUGGGGCGUUUGAGUCAUGUUAGUUAAUGGCGGCCGCGUACAGCGUUGUCUGUCAACAUCUUCACGGUUUUAAUUGUUGGGUCAUGUGCCGCCGUGGUGUUUGGAAAGUCACGGUUUAAGCCAGCCGACCGAAAACGACGCAAACGGUGAGAAUGGAGGACGAAGACGGAGAGAAAGACAGCGGAUGUGAAGUCGCCGAGCUCCGUCUUCAAGUGGAGUCGUUAAAAGAAGAGCUGAAGGAGUGCAAAACAGAGCUGGCCAAGUUGCAAAAGCAACUGAGUCAUUCCGAGAGACUGCAGAGGAGCACGGACAGCUACAACGAGGAUUUGCGGAAACAGGUGAAUCAACUGAGUGCAGAGAUUCACGAGUGGAAGAAAAAAAAUAAAGACAAAGUUAAUGUUGAAACUCAGACAGAAGAAUAUGUUUGGUCUGAAACAGACUACUAUAACUACUACUACGGUGAAUACUAUCAGAACACCAAGGCUGCCAACUCCCAGGACGGUCAGGGGGCCGAUAUGGUUGUGGACGCACCUGUUGGAGAGGACACAAAAGAAGGUCCAACAGUGGAGCAGGCAGGCACAACACAAGGCACAGCUUCAGAUGUGUCUGUUCAACCUGAUAGUACCGUAGUAGCAACUGCAGAGGAGGGUGAUGCAUCGUCCAUUGCAGACAUGUUGAGAGCCACCGCUGAGGAAGCCAUGACACAAACUGGCUUUGUAUUUGAUGAGACUACUGGCAUGUACUAUGACCACAGCACUGGCUUCUAUUACGACUCGGUCAGCCAGCUGUACUACGAUAACAACACAGGCAUUUACUACUAUUACGACGCAGAAAGUGGACGCUACCAGUUUCAUUCCAAAGUUGAGGUUUCUGCUGUGCAGAGUGGCGAUAAAGACGAUUACACGACUGAAAAGAAAGGCAGAUGGUUCAAGAGGGGUGCAAAGAAAUCCUCGCAUCACCGUGAUCAGGAGUACGCAUUUGAUGACGUGAAAUCGGAAGAAGAAGAACAGCAAUCGAGGCGCACUUCAGAAUCCCGAAAAACGAGACGACGAUCUCGUAGUCCUGAGUCACGAGGAAAAGACUAUAAAAGGCGAGGGGAGAGGGACAAGUCUUCCUCCAAGAGAAAAAAACAUAAAAGCGGUUCAAACCAUGACGAGAAGCGAAGAUCAAAGAAAAAAAAGAAGCGGUCCAAGUCAUCGUCACGCAAGAAGUCGCGUAGCUCGCCCGCUCGGAGUGAUGACUUGGAGGGUAACAGCGAGGCUGAGGAGGGGGAGCUCACAGAGUCCGAGAAGGAACAAUGGGAGUCUCCCCCCUCUGUUUCUCCGUCUCCUAGCUCGCCUCGCAACCACAGCCCAGAGUCUGAGAUGGAGAGUCAGUGUCGGGCAGCGCUAUGGCCGCCGUGUGUUAGAGUCACCGUGGUCCGCUCUCCGGUGCUGCAGGUUGGCACCUUGUUUAUCAUCACUGCUGACUCAACAGCCACCAUAGGCAGAGAGAAAGAAAUGGACCAUGCCAUCCGGAUACCAGAUAUUGGAGUAAGCAAGUUCCAUGCUGAGGUGUAUUUUGACCAGCAGCAGCAGAGCUACAUGCUAGUGGAUCAGGGAAGUCAAAAUGGAACGGUUAUCAACGGAAACAGAAUCUUACAGCCCAAAACCAAGUGUGAGCCGCAGCCUCUGGCGCAUGGCGACGAGGUCAAGAUGGGAGACACAGUGCUGUCCUUCCAUAUACACACAGGGACCGACACCUGUGAUGGCUGUGAGCCGGGCCAGAUUAUGGCUCACCUCAGCAAGCACAAGAAAGAGGAGAUACCAGGGCCUCCGCUACCCAAAGAGGAUAAAGAAGUGCUGAGACAGAAGGAGCUGAAAUCUAUGAAGGCCAAAUAUGGCCUCCAGAGUAAUGAGUUUGAAGAGGGCAAAGCCCUGAGAAACCCAAAGUACAAGGACCGAGCAGAGUCUCGACGUCAGACAGUGGGCAGCGAGGGGCUUUUCCAACAAGAUGAUGCUCCUGCUUCUGUUCAUGUGGAGAUCAGCGAAGUCAAUAAAGGAAGAAAGAUGCUAGAAAAGAUGGGCUGGAAGAAAGGAGAAGGAUUGGGUAAAUCGGGAACUGGAAUGAAAGACCCGAUUCAACUAAAAAUUCGGAAGGCCCAGUCAGGACUGGGAGCGUGUGGCGCAAUGUCCCUGGAUGACGCCUCACUGACCAGAACACAAUCCCAGAAGAACUGGGAGAAAGCUCGUGAGAGAUUUGCGGACUCGUUCCAGGCGGAUUCGCCGUCGUCCAAAACGCAGUGCGCGUCCCCUAAAGCGUGGGUCAAAGCAGAGCCGGAGGUUGCGGACCCUCUUGUUAGCGUUGAUCCUGAGACCCAAAGUUAAUCAUUGCGGGUAGAUAUGAAAUCCAUGAAUGCCUGCUAAAAUUGCCAUCAUGCACACAAUGCCAAGACAGCGCUCUGUGAAGAGAACUCAGUGUGAGGGUUCAACUGGCAACUGGUAGCCAUGGAUCACUCUAAACAAAUAUUGACACACUAUGGUUCUAUUUCUCACAGCGAGGUCAUAUUAUGAGGAGACAACUGUGGACAUGCAUAGAUGUGCAGCGCAACGUUAAAGAAAAUGUCAACAUAAUUCCAACUUUAUCCGGACCGUGACAAUGUAUGUUAAUACCAAUCACAUGAAAUUUUUUUUUUUUUUUUCAUUUUGCACAUAAAACGGCAUACUUUGUCGGGUUGUUCUCAUUUCUGUUUAUGCUUUCUUGUUACUACUUGUGCUCAGACACAUUCAGGCAUAACACCCUUGGACACGCAGCCUGACAGUCAGGAGGUGUUUGCAGUCUGUCUGUUUGCAGCCUUAUCUACACUCUCAUGUUCAGGGUGUGGGAAUAGUUGCAUGUGUACACUUGAAUAGGACAGUUACACCAGAUUAAAGUAACAAAAAAAAUGUAAAGGCAGCUACUGGUUAAGUAAUGUGACUUAAACACAUUUACAAAGAACUGCUCAUGCAGAAUGUAGAGAGUACAGGUUAAACCAAUGACAGGGGUAAAUUAGGUGACUGAUUGCACUCACGUGACGCUGUUUGUGUGACUCCUGCUGUUGGCUCGCCUGAUGCUCUUCUGACUUAUCGUGCCGCCCAUGAUCUUGCUUUCGUCCAACGAACAUGGACCCCGAAAUCCGGGUUUCCUGACUUCACAGUUGCGGAGCUUCUUGACCAAUACUACCAAGACUUCUCUGACACUUGACAGGUGACUUGCGCCCUCACGGUAUUUCUUCACUCCUCAAGCUGUUCCCUUCCAAAGUCUCCUCCCUCAUUUCAGCUCUAUGAGCUGCGAGUAAACAAUCAUCUUGUCAUGUUGGUGUUAAACAUGGGAGGGAUCAUAGGCGGAGUGGCAUGAUGUUCUUUGUGUGACUCACAAGGUUGAACAGGAUUUUUUCCCCCCUUGUUUCAUGAAGCUGCCUGUGACUUUGAUGAAUGUAGAUUGACUAGUUUAAGACACUUUUCAAGUUAUUCCAGACACAAAGCCUUUGUUUUAUCAAUUGGUCUUCUCAGAAUAAAUCAUUACCAUUUAAAGUGAGUCCUCCAAAGCUACACUGAUAGAAGUGUUUGAGCAUCAUCUUUUGUUGGCAGACAGAUUAUCUUGAUGCCGUAAACUGUUGUGCAACCCAUACAGUAUAACUUGACAUCUGUCAAUUGUCACCUCUCAAAGUAAGAAUAUGACACCCGAGGCAAUUUGUCAUGUCUACAGAAGGUGCAGAGAUUUUCUUUUUUGAGAGGUAAGCACUGGUAUGCUUAACUUUUGUCGUGUACGGGGUUUUUCAAAUAAAACUAGUACUGCACAGUUAUCAUAGGAAAAGGCCUUGUUUUUCUAGCUUUGAUGAUGACGGGUCGGGAAUCUUUUUGACUGACAGUCAAAAAACUGUACAGUUUGUAUGUGUGCAUGUAUAUACAGUGGGAUAAAAAAGUGUCAACCUUUUGGAAUUUUUCACAUUUCUGCAUUAAAUCACCAUCAAAUGUGAUCUUUGUCAAAAUCACACAGAUGAAAAAAAGUGCUUUAAAACCACCCAAACAUUUAUAGGUUUUCAUAUUUUAAUGGGGAUAGUAUGCAAACAAUGACAGAAGGGUGAAAAAAUAAGUUGGUGAACCAUCACAUUUAAUAUUUUGUGGGCCCCCUUUUGGCAGCAAUAACUUCAACCAGACGCUUCCUGUCGCUUCAGAUCAGUCUGGCACAUCGAUCAGGACUAAGCCCAUUCUUCUCUACCAAACUGCUGUAGAUCAGUUAGAUUCCUGUGUUUUCUGGCAUGAAUCGCUGUCUUUAGGUCAUGCUACAGCAUCUCAAUGGGGUUCAAGUCUGGACUUUGACUUGGCCACUCUAGAACGUGUAUUUUGUUCUUCUGAAAUUGAUUUACAUCUGUGUUUUGUAACAUUGUCUUGUUGCAACAUCAUCCACUUUCUAGCUUCAACUGUCUUGACAGCCAGCCUCAGGUUUUCCAGCAAAACAUUCUGAUAAACUUUUGAAUUCAUUCUUCCAUUAAUGAUUGCAAGUUGUCCAGGCCCUGAGGUAGCAAAACAGCCCCAAAUCAUGAUGCUCCAUCCACCAUGCUUCACGUUGGGGAUGAGGUGUUGAUGUUCGUGAGCUGUUCCAUUUUUCCUCCACACAUGAUGUUGUGUGUUACUCCCAAACAAUUCAAUUCUGGUUUCAUCAGUCCACAAACUAUUUUGCCCAAAAUUUCUGUGGAGUGUCAAAGUACCUUUUUCAAAACAUUAAACUAGCAACAAUGUUGUUUUAGACAGCAGUGACUUCCUCAGUGGAGUCCUCUCAUAACGACACCAUUCUUGGCCAUAGUUUUACAUAUAAUUGAUGUGGGCAUGGGGAUAUUGGACUGUGCCAGUGAUUUCUAUAAGUUAAGCAGACAUUCUAGGGUUCGUUUUUACCUCUCUGAGUAUUCUGCGCUGAACUCUUGGCGUCAUCUUUGGUGGACGGCCACUCUUUGGGAAAGAAGCAACAGUGCCAAACUCUCCAUUUGUAGACAACUUCUCUGACUGUCAAUUGAUAAACAUCCAGACUUUUAGAGAUGAUUUUGUAUCCUUUCCCAGCUUUAUACAAAUCGACAAUCCUUAAUCGCAGGUCUUCAGACGGCUCUUUUGACCGAGCCGUGAUGCACAUCAGACAAUGCUUUUCAUCAAGACAAUUCUUGCCACAUGUGUGUUUUAUAGUGGGCAGGGCAGCUUUAAACCACUCAUCAGUAUUUGGGCACACACCUGAAUUGAAAUGUUUGGUAAAAAUUGGUUUCAAUUGCUCUUUAAGUUUCCUUAGGCAGAGGGUUCACUUAUUUUCCCAUCUUCUGGCAUUGUUUGCAUGCCAUCCUCAUUAAAAUAUGAAAACCUAUAAAUGUUUGGGUAGUUUUAGUAAAAGCAAGUACUGUAUUUUCAUCUGUGCGAUUUUACCAAAGAUC